UGGUCUUUCAUUUUCUACGAGCUUCUGAGCAGUUUCGAGAGUCUCUUUUUGAGAUGUGAUAGAGCAGGUAGAUAAAUUAUAAAUAGUAGCUAAAACUGACGCAAACAAUGUCAAUUUCUUUUUUUUUUAUAUUAUUGCAGUGGUGAGUGAAUCUCAAUAAUUGUUUAGAGCCAAUUCAACAACGUUGUGCAGAAAAACUUCUACAAACGCUGUGCUCCUUCCAAAAGUUCUUCCGUUUUCUAGGCCUAUUCAUUCUCCGGUUAUCUUUUCUGCAGAUAUUGGCGAUUCAAGCACGUCGUCAGCCAUGAAUCAUCAGGAACUUGGAGCUGCAUUUGAUCCAAUAGACAUCGUUUCUAGUUGGAAUAUCUCUCAGCGCCAAGAAGCCGCAACAAGAUUGGCUGCGGACUCUGUCGCUGCUAAAUCAGGAGCAGGUUCAAUUGGGGAUUGUACUAAAACUAGAGUUGGUUCAUCUUCUUCAUCUUCUUUUCCUCCACAGAACAAUUAUCUGCCUCAUUUCGGUAAUAAUCAAUUAGGUGUUUUUGGCCUAAUGACGGAUCAUGGUUCUACUGGUGGCCUAUGGAAUAUCCACACUAACAAUGCAGUCUCAUCCGGAGAAUCUGCAAUCAAUGCCUUCAAAUCGAAGUCUAUUGAUGCCAAUGACAACAACAAUAUUCAGUACUCUGUCAAUGAGCUUGAUGAAGCAGUCUCAAAUACUUCUUCAUAUCAUCUGCGUGACAAUAUGGAUAAGAGAAACCACAAUGCUCUGCUUGAAUCAGAUAUCUCGACCAGAGACUAUGGAUCCCAGCUCAUUGCGGGAAAUGAUCAACCUAAGUCCAAGAAAUCCAGAUCAGAAUACAAGCAUCCAAGUUCAUCAAACCUCAAUUUCCAUCAAGCUAGUUCUUCGGCAUGUUCAGUAGAUGAGCCUGAUGCAGAAGCAAUUGCACAUAUGAAGGAAAUGAUUUAUCGCGCAGCAGCACUCAGGCCAAUGAGCUCUAUCAACACGGAAGAAGUGAUGGCAGAGAAGCCAAAGAGGAAGAACGUAAGAAUAUCAACAGAUCCACAGACAGCUGCAGCGAGACGGAGGAGGGAAAGAAUAAGCGAAAGAAUAAGGGUAUUGCAGAAGCUGGUACCGGGGGGAAGUAAUAUGGACACUGCAUCUAUGCUUGAUGAGGCUGCAAACUAUCUCAAGUUCUUGAGGACACAAGUGAAUGCCUUGAAAGCCUUUGGAUUUAACAUAGACCCAAUUAUCAUUAACAAUAACUUUACUUCAUUAUCUUCAAUGCCAUUCAACUAUCCAUUUCCCAUGCAACCCCAUUUUCCUUUGCAAAACCUCAAUCCGAUCCAUCAUCCCUAGUGUUAGACAUAUAAGAUUUCGUAAAGAGUUUAAUUCUUAUACAUUGUCAGUGUAAAAAAUUAGUAUCAUCAGGUUGAAGUUGCAUGUUAAAGCAAGUAACAUGUUCUCGUAUUUUAAGGAGGCUUACCUGUAGAUAUAAUUUGGUGACCUGAUAGUGUAAUCUCAUAUUUAAAAGUGAUCAUUACUAAUUUA